CGCGCCCUGGUGACUGGUCACGUGAUCUUCCAACAUGGCCGUACCCUCUCGCAGUCAGCAGGGCCAGUUCAAAUGACGAGCCGCAGAUUCAAACUGACGACUUGAGACGCAGCCAGAGGAGCUUUUAGGUAAACCUGUCGCUUCUUCCGCGCCGCAGACAUGAGCAACAACGACUUUAUCCUCCCCAAAGACUUUCCUGAGCUGAAGAACGAUACAUUCCUGCGAGCGGCGCGAGGAGAAGAACCCGAACACGUCCCGGUCUGGUGCAUGAGACAGGCUGGGAGGUACUUACCAGAGUUCCGUGAGGUCAGAGGAGGGAAGGACUUCUUUGACACAUGUAGGUCUCCUGAGAACUGCUGUGAGCUCACCCUGCAGCCUUUGAGGCGUUUUCCCUUCGACGCUUCCAUCAUCUUCUCUGACAUCCUGGUCAUCCCACAGGCCAUGGGAAUGGAAGUCCAGAUGCUGACCGGCAAAGGCCCGACGUUCACCGACCCACUGAAGGAACCCGAGGACCUGCAGCGCCUCCAGGCCAAGGUGGACGUCAACAAAGAGCUGGACUACGUCUUCAAAGCCAUCACUCUGACCAGACACAAGAUCGAAGGGAAAGUGCCGCUCAUCGGCUUCACGGGCGCGCCGUGGACCCUGAUGUCGUACAUGAUCGAAGGCGGCGGCUCCACCACCCACUCCAAAGCCAAGCGCUGGCUGUACCGCCACCCAGACUCCAGCCACAUGCUGCUGAGGAUGCUGGCCGACGUGAUCGUGGAGUACCUGGUGGGCCAGGUAGCGGCCGGAGCGCAGGCCCUGCAGGUGUUCGAGUCCCACGCCGGCAUCCUGGGCCCCGUGGAGUUCAGGGAGUUCUCCCUGCCGUACCUGCGAGACAUCGCUCGCCGCGUCAAGGACAGACUUAAGGAGAAGGGACAGGAUGUUCCGAUGAUUGUGUUUGCGAAGGAUGCUCACUAUGCCUUAGAGGAGCUUUCUGAGUCUCACUACGAAGUGGUGAGCUUGGACUGGACCAUUGACCCCCGAUCAGCAAGGGAGCGCACUGGAGGGAAGGUCAGCCUGCAGGGAAACAUGGAUCCCUGUGCUCUGUAUGCACCAAAGGAACAGAUUUCGGACAUCGUGAGGAAGAUGCUGGAGGGUUUCGGAACCAGGGGCUACAUCGCCAACCUUGGCCACGGCCUGUACCCCGACAUGGACCCGGAGAACGUCGGCGCCUUCGUCGACGCCGUGCACCAGCACUCUAAACUUCUGAUCAAGCAAAAAUGAAGACGGGAACAGAGGAUGUGUACUGCUGAUGAUGUAGAAAAGAAUGCAUUAUUUAAUUGAAAAUCAUGUAUGUGUUUUUGAAUACAGAUUAUCAACCGAAAACAACUUUGUUUGUUUUACAUCGGGAUAGAAAAAGAAAAACAAAAACAAAAAAAACAACCACCACAUUCCCAUUUUGUGCAGCUUUUUAGGAUAAACAUGUUGCUUCUCUAAGACGAGCUGUUUUUCUCUUCAGCUGUGAUGUUUAUCUGAAUCAGGAGUGGAUUAUGUGUGUGUUGGAUUGAAAAGCAAUCGCGUGAUUUUUGGCAAGUAGACGUGCAUGUAGAGCUCAUCUUAAGUGCUGCAGCAUCAUAUUGGCGAUCGCAUUCGAUCCAUUUGGCAGGUCUAAAGCAGCUCGGAUGUUGAGUAUUAAGAUUUUAGUAUUUAUCCCAGCAAUGUUAGUCUGGCGCUUACAAAUAUAUUCAUAAAAAAAAUAUCUAAAUACAAUUAGAAUCUAUAACGUAGCUUGUCAUCAGGCAACGUGGUUCCGUUUGAAAAGCUGAUAACGGAAAAAACAAACGGGGAUUUAAAAAUGGGUGAUUUGCUUAAAAGGGUUUUUGCUCUAAAGGAACAUUUUACAUUUUUUCGGGGGAGGGGGAAACGCAGCACAGCAGAUGUUGACUGCUGUCCAACACUCUGAGCAAAUUCCCCAGUUGAAUAUUAACGAGAGUACAUUAAAAUAAAAAAGAAAGUUUGUGAUUAGUUUUAUGAGAUGUUUAUUGCACUACAAGAUGGUGCUUAAGGAUAUAAGGAUGGUUCAUCUUUAUAAUCAACUCAUUUCCCUGAAAAAUGGCACUAAUGUGAAAAUCCCACAUAUGCCACCAAUAAGCAAGUUUAUUAGUUUUGAAUUGUCUUCAAUUCACACAGAUUCAAAAUAAAACAUCAAGACUCA